AUGAUGCGGCGGGGACUUAGGCAACACGCAACGGGACUUGUGGCGGCAACAGUGGCACCAGCAGCUGCUGUGAAACUUCUCUCCAGUGUGCUUGUGACACCCUCACGGGGAAAAUACGUGCGCCAACCCAGCCCGCAGUGGGACCCGCUUCACGAAGACAUCAACGCACACGUGAAGAAACGUAUACCCGGCGAAACUCGUGUAGAUCGUGUUCGGCGCUUUGCGCGUGAGUGGCGUAAUGUGGAAUUAGAAUUAGGUGUUUACAAGGAUUCUCGUGGACGGGAGAUCAAGUACAGAAAAACCUUUGUGUACCGCUACACUUACCCCAAUGCCUUUGAUGAAUUUUGGUGGCCGUGCAAAUGA